AAAACGACCUGUCAUGCGCGUUAACCACAUGACGUCCACCCAUUUCACUGGAGCGUGUGUUCUCCACCAGAUCACCACCACUUUCAUAACUCCACGCAUAAAUUUCACCGCCAGCCCACCUUCCUUGACGAACCAAGAAUUGGAACCAGAGAAUUCUCAAGAAACUUUGUGGGAGAGAAAGGCUACACGUUUAUUAAUCAUGUCGAUGACAGUAGCAAGUACUAGUACUGCAAGUGCUAGUUUUCGUUACAGCAAAUCAAGAACCGGAGGGGUCAAGCCAAAUAUUGCAGCGGUGAGGCCAAGAAGUUUGGUGGUGGUGAGAGCAGAAGCUCAAUCUAUCAACCCUGAAAUUAGAAAGAAUGAAGAGAAGGUGGUGGACUCUGUUGUGGUUGCUGAACUCUCCAAGCCACUCACUGCUUACUGCAGAUGCUGGAGGUCAGGAACUUUCCCACUGUGUGAUGGAAGCCAUGUAAAGCACAACAAAGCUACUGGAGACAAUGUUGGACCUUUGCUCUUGAAAAAGCAGAAAGAGUAACUUCUUAAUUUCCCUUGAUUUUGAUUUGUGUUUGUCAUGUUGAAUUUGAAACCUUAGAUUUGCUUGUUCUUCUAUGAGAUAAUACUCCCCAAUUCCCUUGGAUUGGGGUGGGCUCUCUAGUUCCUGUUGCAUAAAAAUUAAGGUGAUAUCAAUUUUUCCUAUGUUAAA